GCCACACAGGCAAACUGAAAAACUGCCUUAUCCCGUAACUCCCGAAACUCACCAGACGUUGUAGUUUAUAUUACCCUAAUCCGAGGACAACAAUCAAAAUUUACUCUUGAUGCUCCAGUGGUGUGACUUAAAAAAAAAUACAUACAUAUAUAAUACAUUUCCUUCUUCCCCUUUAAUUCUUUUUUUUUAAACAAGGAAAUUUGCUCUAUCUCCAGCAGCCACCGCUGCUCCUUUGAUGUUUUGGUACGCCGUGCGCAUGCGCCUCACAUUAGAAUUACUGCACUGGCCAGAAUAAGUUGGAUCUCUUCUUCUCUUCAGUGAAACCCUAAAUCAUAUCAAAAGCUAAAGGGAUGUGGAGAGUACGGAAAAAGGGUUACUUUGGGAUUUGGACAUUCCUUUUGAUAAUAGCUGCGGUCUGUGCACAGAGUGCCAAUGACCCGAGCAAUAUGUCACUGGUUAAAGAAACGGUGGAUAGACUGCUGAAAGGCUAUGACAUUCGUUUGAGGCCAGAUUUUGGAGGUCCUCCUGUGGCUGUGGGCAUGAAUAUAGACAUUGCCAGCAUAGAUAUGGUAUCAGAAGUCAAUAUGGACUAUACCCUGACAAUGUACUUUCAGCAAGCUUGGAGAGAUAAGAGGCUGUCAUAUAAUGUAAUACCUUUAAAUCUCACGUUGGACAAUAGAGUAGCAGAUCAACUCUGGGUACCUGACACAUACUUCCUCAACGACAAGAAGUCAUUUGUGCAUGGGGUGACUGUCAAGAAUAGGAUGAUCCGCCUGCAUCCUGAUGGGACUGUCCUUUAUGGCCUCAGAAUUACAACCACAGCUGCUUGCAUGAUGGAUCUGCGCAGAUACCCUCUGGAUGAACAAAACUGCACCCUGGAGAUUGAAAGCUAUGGAUAUACGACUGAUGACAUUGAAUUUUACUGGCGUGGAGAUGAUAAUGCAGUCACAGGAGUGACAAAGAUAGAAUUGCCACAGUUCUCUAUUGUUGAUUACAAACUGAUUACCAAGAAGGUUGUUUUCUCCACAGGCUCUUACCCCAGGCUGUCCCUCAGCUUCAAGCUUAAGAGAAACAUCGGAUACUUCAUCUUGCAGACCUACAUGCCCUCCAUUCUGAUUACUAUUCUCUCAUGGGUUUCCUUCUGGAUUAACUAUGAUGCCUCAGCAGCACGAGUAGCUUUAGGAAUUACCACUGUACUUACAAUGACAACCAUCAAUACUCAUCUUCGAGAAACUCUCCCCAAAAUUCCUUAUGUGAAAGCCAUUGACAUGUAUCUUAUGGGGUGCUUUGUCUUUGUGUUCAUGGCACUGCUGGAGUAUGCGCUGGUCAACUACAUCUUCUUUGGUAGGGGACCCCAGCGUCAAAAGAAAGCAGCUGAAAAAGCUGCCAAUGCCAACAAUGAGAAGUUGCGCAUGGAUGUGAACAAGAUUUUUUAUAAAGAUAUUAAACAAAAUGGGACCCAAUAUCGAUCUCUCUGGGACCCUACUGGAAACCUCUCCCCAACUAGACGGACUACCAAUUACGAUUACUCUCUGUAUACGAUGGACCCACAUGAAAACAUCUUGCUGAGCACCCUUGAAAUAAAAAAUGAAAUGGCCACCUCUGAGGCUGUGAUGGGACUAGGAGAUCCAAGAAGCACUAUGUUGGCCUAUGAUGCUUCAAGUAUCCAGUACCGGAAAGCUGGCUUACCCAGACACAGCUUUGGCCGCAAUGCCCUAGAGCGACAUGUGGCACAAAAGAAGAGCAGACUACGGAGACGCGCCUCCCAACUGAAAAUCACCAUUCCUGACUUGACUGAUGUAAAUGCCAUAGAUCGAUGGUCGCGUAUAUUCUUUCCUGUUGUUUUUUCCUUCUUCAAUAUUGUCUAUUGGCUUUAUUAUGUGAACUAAAAAGUAGCAUCUCAUGGGAACAAAAGACUGGAUUUCUCUUCAAACUGGUUGUACAGCCAAAAGUGGGACUUGGAAAAAAAAUCUUUUCAGGAAAAAAAAAAGAUUUUAAAACACCUUAGUUGCUGGCCUCUUCUGCGGCUCAUUUCAUACUAUUUGGAUUGCUUCUGCUAAACACUUCUUUAUGCUACAAUCUAUGUAUUUUUCCCAGUUAAAAUAGAAGUGCAUUUGGUGUGUGAUGGCCAAAUUCAGUUCUGACAUGCUGUUUCCAUUUUAUUUGCUUAGGACUCACUCAACCUAUACAAGUGGGAAAGUAUUGGGGAGAUAGUCUUAAUGAGGUGUAGUAGCAGUGUGAGUCAUUUCCCUGUGUAAUGGGCAUGUCUAGCUGCUCCAUGGUUUGAUUUCUAAAGGAAGGGAAUAUGUCAGAUUGAUAUUAUACGUAGAAAUUGUUCACUGUUCACAGAGAAUACUUUCAACACAAGUUAAAAAUAGUACUGAAGAUCAUAAAGUGAUGUUAGAGUGAUAAUGAUGAUUGAUGAUGAUGGGUCACUAUUUCCCACUACUUUGCAAAGGUUUUGGUUAGUUCACUGAUAAAAGACAGGCAUUUGACGCAAAAUGCCACCGUUGCAAGUAAUUAGGAAGUCAGUCUGGGAAGUCAGGGAAACCAAGGUAGCCUUCUCUAGCUCCACUAAAUGUUGGCAAAGUACUACUGUUAGAAUACCCUGUACUAAGAAAGAAGAUACUGUUAUGGUGGUGGUGGUGGUGGUAGUGGUGGUGGUAGUGGUGGUGGUAGUGGUGGUGGUGGUGGCUGCUAUGUUUUAAAUGUGAUCUUUGUUUGAGGGGGAGCUGAAAGAGGUUGGGCAUUUUGUAAGAAAACUAUUUUACAGGUGGCUACAGAAAUUGUUUGCACACUGCCUUUUAUUCGAAAGGAUGAGGUUAGUCUUCAAAGAACACCAGGAAAACCAGAGAAAGCUUUUUAAAGAUAUAAAAGAUUUAAAAAAAAAUAGAUAUAAGCAGCCAAACAUGUCUUUGAUCAUCUCUAUACAGCAUCAGGGUCAAUGUGAAAAAAGCGUAGUGGCCAAUGGUGAACUGAGCAAGAUUUGUAUCCGACUUCAUAAGCUUUGGGGUAUUGUAUCUACUGAUACCUUGAUGUGCAAUCUGGUUAGAGGAGAGAAAAAAAAUAACAAGAUUAUGGGAAUCGGUAGUACCUGAGAUGUUUGACAAAGAAUUUAGCUUGAGCCUUGCUUCUUGUAUCAGGGUGGGAACUUGGUAAGUUUACAAACAGGGUGAAUUUCCCUGCCUUAGCCCAUGCUAACUACUCCCCAUGAUAUGUUUCCUGAAUUGAAUAAUGUACUCUUAAAUGAAGAAUUUAUUUAGAAAGGUGAAGUGUUCUUUGUUUUCUCUGAAAUUUGAUUGCUGCUUCUUUUGAAAAAAAAAAGCUUUAUAUUAGCAAAUAGGUUUUAGGGGGUUCAGUAAGUUGUUUUCCUCUUACAUGUAAUUAAGAUUGCUUUCAUAUUUUCCACAUCAGUGGUAAAAGAAUUAAGAUAUAGUUUUGAUUGUUUUUAAGAAAGGAUAAUUUCAAUUUGUAUGUGAAAAUCUGUCCAUUUAAGGGAAAAUGGAGACUGAAAAAGAGAUGACAGCAGAAUUUCCUUGGCAUGCUCAAUUGUAAGGGCUUUUCUUUAGAAAGCAACCACAUUGCAUCGCACUGACUAUACCUCUCAACGAAGCCAUUGUAUUUGAAACACUAUUUGGAAAUGGGAGGGCUGAUAUUUGGCCCAUCUUGUAGAAAAUAGGUUGAUUUUACAGAGCUUUAUUUUCUGAAUGACUUCAGAAGUUUGUUUUUUCCUCUUUUUUGGGGGGGUGGGAGGGGUGGGUGCUACUUUUUUAUUAAGCAGCAUUCAUGUUUAAGAAUACAGACAGAAUUUGACAUGAAAGGAUCUAUGAGCUAGAGUUCACCAGUAGAUUGAAUGAGCUAGCUCCUAUAUGUCCAUUUAUUCAUGGCUGAUUUAUAACAUUAGCUGGGAAUGGUGCUUUAUCACAUAGACAUCUAGUUCUGAAUUUAAAGCAGCAGGUUGUGUCUAUUGGCAGGAGGUGACAUACUAUCAUAUCUGCCUUAUGAGUAUAUGGCUAGAGAUAUGCCAGAGUUUGGGAAAUCUCUUUGGCAACUCCAUUCUUGUAUUUGUUGAGUCUCACUGUGGUGAUAGCUCCAAGGAAGGAAUGGUCAAGUUCUUAUGCAUGGUUUCAUAACAGAGGAAAUCCUCACAAUAACCCCAAGGUUUCUUUUCCCCACAAGUGAUUUGUUCUUAGUCAUCACAUAAAUAGUGUUUUCUGCUUCUGUAACAAGUUAAAUAUGUAAUGGAGAGAGUUUUUCAAUACCUCAAAUACAAACACACACACACACACAGCAAAGAGAUUGAACUCUGCCAGAUUGGUUCUAGGGAAAAGCAAAAGUCUGAGUCUGUAAGUAGGGCUGCUACCUGCCAUUACCAUAAAAGCCAUAAUAAUCCUCAAUAUUGCCAUGUUAUGGGUGCAAUAAAAUGCCUAAUGUGAAAGGAACUAAGCAGACAAACCUAGAACAAAGCAGACAAAAGCAAGUUGCUCUCUGCCAAUUGGACCUUUGUAAAGACAGUUAUUUCUAAAGGAAAUGAAGUAGGAGAUCCUAUUUACACUCAAACUUGUGUUGGGAUGAAGACAAUAGGGAAAGGAGACCUUAUGAUACAGAGUUACCCAAGAGAGUAAAUCUUAUGUUGACUUUUAUCUACCACUCUCUUGGAUCAUAUGAAAGCAACUGAGUCAUCUCGUCUUCAGUUGUUUGAUUGGGAUUUUACUCUCUGAUCUGGCUAGAGAGAGAAUAUCUGAGAGUGGUUUAAUGCUGUAUUUGAAGAAAUGAAUCAGAAUGAGGCUGGAUAUUCUGCUUUCUUAUGGUUAAAGCUGAGGACUUGUAAAAAAAAAUAAUCCAUGUAAAGGUAAUGCUGAUAUUAUAUGACUAUUAGUAAACAUAUUUCUUUUUGAGUAUAAAACAGCCAGACAGCCAGCAAUUAAGGUGUUUUUCAUCUUUAUGAAAUUCAUGGGCAAAUUCUGACUUUAAAAUGGCAAAGUUUUAACAAAAUCUUGAAUCUCAACCUGUAAAUAUCUCUUGUACAUGACUGCUAGCAAAUAUGAAAUGCAUUUUCAGAAUUGAAAACCAGUGCAACAUAUUUCUGUGUUUGCAUAAGGAAUGUUACUUUUCUUUCUUCUUCACUCUAAUAACUGGGAGAAAAAAACUCCAAUGUCAUUUAGGUAUCUGCUAUUCUCUUCUCAUUCUUCUAAAAAAUCAAUCUAAAAUGAAAAGUAGGUGAAAGAUCUCUCUGAGAUUUUAUAUUCUAGUUUAAAAGCUUAAGGAAAACACCCACAUGUGCACACACACACACAUGCAAACACAUACACACACAUCAUCAGCUAAAAAAGCACAAUGCCUAGUGAAAGUGAAGGGGGGAUUUGUAACUGGGAAACAAACUGAUUAACUUUAGGCCAGAUUCACAUUUUGAUGAAAAAUCCAACAAUAUUAAUUUUGAGUAAGUAAAUGAGUUUCCAGUCCUUAAAUUAACACAGAACUCGACAGAAAAGGAAACCAAACUUAUGACAUAUCCACAUGUACAUAUGUGUAUAUAUAGAUCAGUAUAAACAUACAUACCUAUAUAUGCAUUUAUAUGUUGGACAGCAAAAGGAAUAAGCUAAUAUGAUUUGUUUCUAUCACUUAAAUCAGUAUAAGAAUAUUUUUUACUUUGGGGAAAAUCAAUAUGUUGAAAUAACUAACUAUACAGGGUAACUGGGCAUUUCUAUAUCAACCAAUCAAUGCAUUACAAUUCUUACAAAACAUUGCACAAUUUGACACUAUAAUAGUACUGUACCUCAACAUCUGAAACUAUUAAAUUAAAUUCCACUACUUGCCUACUUUCUCUCUCUCUCUCUCUCUCUCUCUCUCUCUCUCUCUUCUCUCUCUCUCUCUCUCUCUCUCCCUCUCUCUCUCUCUCUCUCUCUCUCUCUCUCUCUCUUAAAAACAAUUUGUCCACUAUCAAUUUUAAAAAUUAAACAAAUGUGUCCUAGGGAAACCAAGGGAAAGUUCUGCUACCAAAUCUUUCUAGGAAAAUAAACUGAUGGGUUGGCCAGGGUAAACUAUUCUUAACAAUAGUGAGCAUAACCAUUUUGCUAUGUGUAUAUAGAACAUGUAAUGUGUGCAAUUAUAAGUUCAGCUGAACAUCUGUAAAUAUCAUCAGAUUUCUUAAACAUUUUUAACUUCUAAUUUGUACUUUAUGGUAAGGCAAAAUGCUGAUUCUCCCCUAUGGUUUAGGUAAACUGUGUCCUAAAUCCCUGUAAAUAAUUAAGCUGUAAAUGAGCAGUCAGUAGAUUCAGUAAUUGUUUAGUGAUUUUCUUUUUCAUUUUAUUAAGUACUAUAAUUGCAGUACCCAAACAGAGUAAUUUAAACACCCUUUUUCAUGGAUAGUACAGAAUUACAGAUAACAGAGUCUCAACUUAUUUUUGAAUUAUUUUUUAAAGUCAGUAGGAGGUGUUAUAGUAUUAGAAGUAACACAAUAGCAGAAUGAGUAUAGCUGUGACAGGUAGCAGGAAGCAGUACAAAUCUUUAAAGUUAGCAAAAGAUUGUGUUUUUGUUUUUGUUUUUGUUUUUUUCCAGGAAAGAAGUCAAAGAAGAGAUAAGGUUAUAGAUAAGCACUAAGUUUUGAGAGAAAGUGAGUCAUAUUGAUCUCACUACAGAGAAGAGUGCAUGUUCCAGAAAUCUAUUAUUAAAGUUCUGAUAGGUUUUGUUUUGUUUUUUGUUUUGUUUUGUCUUGUUUUAAGAAGACUGUCCUUCUACAGAUCCUCAAAACCAAAGACUCCAGAAUUGUGGAAUAUAAAGGGAAAGCUAACCAGUCACUGCUUAACACCAAAGGCAAAGCUUUUUAAAAUGCACUAGGAACUUUGUUAAAAAUGAUAAGGAAUCAGUGGCAUAGUAAUUCAGAAAUUGUCCUUUUCUACUUUGUCGAAAAACAAAAAUAUUGAAAAAAGAGAGAGAGAGAAGAAUAGCAACAUUCUGAAAUGUCUAUCAGCUACAUGGAGAUUUAAAUAGAACAUGUCUCCAGAUAUAUGCAACAUUAUGAUAACAGACAUCUUUUUUUCUGAAGUGCUUUAGGGAAUGAGGGAAAAAAUAUGAAUUGAUGGGAAACACUGUCUUGUUUUCACUUUUUAGUCAUUCUCUUUGUCAUGUUUACCUUCUCUGAUUUGCUCCCAGUCUCUCUGUGUCACCAAUGUUUGGAGGGCAGUCGACCUAUGUCUGUUAUCUCUCCUGAGUUCCAGAUAUCCCUAUUUCUCCUUAGUCAAUUCUGUAUUUUUAAUUUAUGUGUAGAUACCUUCAAUACCAUGAAUUCUAACAAAAUUGCCUAUCAUGUAAAUUGCUUAAUGUUUUAUUUUUCUUUGCAUGGGUGUUUAAAUGGUUCUGUUAUUGAUGUCUCUGCAUAAUUCUGAUGUCUUUUUUUUUUAAUUUAGUAAUCUGCUUUACAAUGUAGUCAUGAUCAGCCUUACUAAUUACCUUGUAGCCUUUCUUAUAUGCACAUAAUGCACAUUUUUCAACAGCUAGAAAAUGCAAAAUACUAGCAGAUAUCAUUGCAUCAGAUUUUCAUGUUUUUCUUAAAAGAACUGCUAACCUCUGGGAUAAGUGAGGUCAUAAAAGAAAAUGGUGGUUGUAAAUGAGUAGAACAUAAAAGAUAUUUUCUUGAAUUUAAACUUAUCGCAGCCAGUCUUAGCAUGUAAAUAUAUAAUAAUGUUGGCUAGUGUGUAAUUCUUGAACUAAAAAUAUAAAUAAAGAAAACUUAAAAGGA